AUGUAUAUCAAAAAGGUUAUAAUUCAAGGUUUUCGAAGUUACAGAGACCAAACAUGUCCUGAGGAAUUCAGUCCACACCACAAUAUCAUUGUUGGCCGUAAUGGUUCUGGAAAAUCCAAUUUUUUCCAAGCCAUUCAAUUUGUUCUUUCCGAUGAAUACAGCCACUUGGGAAAUCAAGAACGACAAAAUUUACUCCACGAAGGCACAGGACCAAGAGUUAUCUCAGCUUACGUGGAGAUGAUUUUUGAUAAUUCUGAUAACCGUAUACCGGUAGAAAAUGGUUACGUAAGCUUUUCUCGCAAUCACGACAUUUUCUACAGGAAGGCUGACGUGAUGAAUAUGUUGGAGAGUGCUGGUUUCUCCCGCAGCAAUCCGUACUACAUAGUGAAGCAAGGCAAGAUCACACAACUGGCUACAGCACCAGAUCACCAGCGACUUAAACUUCUACGUGAAGUUGCUGGUACUCGAGUAUAUGACGAACGUAAGGAAGAAAGUAAACAAAUAUUCAAAGAAUCUGAAGCAAAGCGGGAACAAAUUUCGGAACUGCUUAACAGCAUCGAGGACCGUUUACGAACACUGGAAAAUGAAACCAAAGAAUUGAAAGAGUACCAGCAUUGGGAUCGUGAGCGCCGUGCUUUGGAAUACACCAUCUAUGACAGAGAACUGAAAGAGACACGCAAGAAGCUGGAAGAAAUUCAGGCACGUCGGGAACAGAGCAGUGAAAGUACCGCUGAAAUCCGUCGUGCUCUUUCUUCUCCCCUAGUAGUUCACAUAUUCACAUUAAAAGAAAACAAAAAUGCCCUUCCUCAGAAUUUUCAGAUGCUUAACAGAAAGGUGAGCGUUUUUCUUACGGGUUGUCCACCUUUGUAUUGGUUUAUUUACCCUGAAAAAGAACUAACGUCGUCGGUGCGCUGUUUAUAUGCGCGAUCUGAACAUCUCGCAGUCAUGACGCUUCUUUUUAAUACGUAA